AUGAUUAUCGCAAAAAACAAAGCUGCACAUAAUUCUGGUGAAAAGUUAAUCAAACCAGCGGCUCUUGAAAUGGCUCGAAUUUUGUUUGGUCCGGAUGCAGUUACCAAACUUAAGGACAUACCAUUAUCCAACGAUUCAAUUUCCCGUAGAAUUUCAGAAUUGUCAUCUGAUAUCCUGAAGCAAUUAAUUAAAAGAAUCAAUAAAAGUAAAUGCAGAAUAAGUAUUCAAUUGGACGAGUCAACUGACAUUUCUAACGUCUGUCAGCUUGUGUCCUAUGUUCGCUUUGUUGAUGAUGAGAAUAUUAUUGAUGAGUUUUUAUUUUGUUUGGAGAUGGAUGGACACACUCGUGGAGAGGACAUCUUUAAUAUUUUUGACAAUUUUAUGAAGACGAAUAAAAUCCAAUGGGAUAAAGUUGGAUCUAUAUGUACUGAUGGUGCACCUGCGAUGAUUGGUCAUCAAUCUGGACUUGUUACUCGUGUUAAGGAUUUGGUUCCUGAUAUUGUUACAAGACAUUGUGCAUUGCACAAAUAUGCACUUUGUUAA